AGAAGAUCUGUGAAUGAGAGUUGCAACUCUCCGGUGGGGAUAGUCAAAAUAAGUGAUUCAGUUGCAAGAUUUCGAUAUGUUUUGUCGCUAAAAGGAUGCGUCUUUGUUCGGGACGGUGCUGUGCUUCUGUUUGAUGUGGAGACAUUAUCAAAUUUAAGAUUAGGCUACUUUGGUAACCAACUAACUUACAACAAGCGACUCAAUAUGGGGCAUGAGGUUUUUGUUUAUUGGCCCAAUAUCCUUGGAUAUAUCCGUCUUGUACUUAUCUUUACUGCUUGGAAGGCCUUCAACAAUCCAGCUGUGUUCUUCACCUCCUAUUCGAUCUCAGUCAUUCUAGAUGGGCUGGAUGGCUGGACGGCUCGCCGGUUCAGUCAGACUUCCAGGUUCGGGGCCUGGCUGGACGUGGUGGUGGACAACCUUGGGAGGAGUAUGGUGUGGGGCCAGCUCUAUGAGUGGGGCUGGCUGGUGUCUUCAGUGGAGUGGUGUGUGUUUGUGUGCAACCACAAUGCCCAUGGCGCCCAGUGGAAGAACAGCUUCACAAACAGUCCUCAGUGGGUACAGACCUUCAUGGCUAAAGGUCUAUAUCAGUCCCUGAUUAAAGGGUUCCAAUGA